CGGGAAAAUACAACAACAGACGACAACUAAAGAAGGAAUUUAUAAAAAAAAACAAAAGAAAACCUUUAUAAGAUUAGAAAAUAAUAAAAUAAGUUAAAAUUAAAAUUGCAGUAGAAUUAAGUAUGUCAAGCAAUACCGAUACCGGUGAUACGGUAAAUAUAACAACAACAGAGCUACAACACAACAUGGACAACAAUGUAUUGAAGGAAGGACAGUUAGCCAUACAAAUGAGCCAAGAAGAACCAGCACCACGUGAGGCUUUGAUAACAACUGCUGUGAAUUUUCUAAAUAAUGCCAAAGUUCGCCAUACAACUUUGCUGCAGAAACAACAGUUUCUAAGGUCCAAAGGUCUAACUUCGACCGAGAUACAAAUUGCCUGUGAAAGGGCUGGAGUCUUUAGUCAGGAUCCAAAUUCUCCAACAGUCAUUAAUAUGGGAAUAAAUGCUUCACAAACACAUGCCCAGUUGGCUUUGCAGCAGCCAAAGCCCACAGCUUUAGGACGUCUAAAAGAAAUACUACAUUCCAUGGCUUUGAUGGGCGGUGUAGCCUAUGCCAUUUUCAUGUUUUGGAAGAAAUUUCUGCAAACCUUUUUAUUUGGUGGCAAAAAGAAGAAAUCUGUUGAUGAGGCCUUAACGGAUAUCGACAAAAAAGUCGAUACGCGCAUAACAGAAGUAAAGGCAGAACUGACUCAGGUCAAGGAAAGCUUGGCCCGCGAACAACGUGAUCAAACCCAACAAUUUAUGCGUGAAUUUAAUCAAUUUAAAAGUGACCUAGAGGCUAUUAAAGGUUUACUAUUGAACCGCAAACAAUUCCCCUCGCCUUUAGUAGCGUCUGUGGGUGCCCCUUCUAUUCCCGCUUGGCAACUGUCGUCAUCAUCGCCCCGUCGGAUAUUACGAAAUAGCCAAUCGGAUGAUAAUGAAAUUGUUAACGACACUGGCUCUGGGUCGGGUUCAUCUGAAACAGAGGUCGUUACUAAAAACAGUGAUUCCAGUUUAGAAAUUAUGUAAAACAAAAAGCUUUAUGCCUCUUACUUAAACAUUUAAGUCAUUAAACAAAUAGUCAAAUAGUAAAGAAUAUACAAAAAAUAUGUAUUUAACAAUUUUAGCCCAGCCGCUAAGCAAUCUAAGAUAUUGUUUAUAAUACCUUUGCUUGGAAUAUAUGUGUGUGUCUUUUCUAAUUUUCAGCUGAUAAGAUUUGUGUUAAUACUUAGCACACACUCUAACUAAUCUAAUCAUUUUUGGCUUUGCGUUUAUUAUUUUGUAUUUAUUUAAAAGUAAUUGCGUUUAUUUCUUUUGUUUAUACCUAUACAUUUUUUCUAUUGUAAAAUACAAUUUUAGUUUGCCCUUAAGAAUACAUUUGGUGUAAAAUAGUUAGUUUUGUUCCAAUUUAUUUAAUUUUCUUUAUUAAGUUUAGUUGUUUUUCUAAUAUUUUUUGUGGAAAAUAUUGGCUAAGUCCCGUUUUGCAAUGCAGAAAUUGAAUGGCAGACAGACGAAGUUUGUUGGCGAGGGGUUGAAGAGGUAGAGUGUUUAGGCAAGUUCAAAAGAUAAUAAGAAAAAUGUCUGCCUUUCAAUUUCUGCAUUGUAAAAGGGGACUAAUUGACUUAAAAUGAUAAUAAAAGAAAAAACUUCAACAA